GUUUUUAUUUUCGCAGAGGAUACACAUAUCUUGAGAAACAUUGUACUACUAAUUUAUUUUUUUUAAUCCUGUCCUUUUAGGGCUAUAAGAACUCCUCUACUCUGCAAAGAGACUCAGAAGGAGCUGAAACAUGGAAGAAGGUGAAGAGGUCACUAUUGCAGAAGAUCAGAGGGUAGUGGACAUUAGUCUUAAGGACCUUGCAAAGAAACUAGAGGAAUUUGCCAAGGCCAGAGAUUGGGAAAAGUACCACAGUCCAAGGAAUCUUCUUCUUGCAAUGGUUGGUGAGGUAGGAGAGCUAUCGGAAAUAUUCCAAUGGAAAGGAGAGGUGGACAAGGGGUUGCCAAAUUGGGAGGAAUCCGACAAGGAGCAUCUAGCAGAAGAGCUAUCUGAUGUCCUGCUCUACCUCAUAAGGCUGGCUGAUAUUUGUGGGGUUGAUCUUGGUGAUGCUGCCACCAGAAAAAUUGUUAAGAAUGCUAUCAAAUACCCGCCCAAGGCCUGCUGAAAUAGCAGUUUGAUUUAACUCUGCUAGUUUUGUUUUGUGAGCUUGAAACAAACAUUUUGAUGGAAUCCUUGUGGAGACUAUGUGAUAGACUUAUCCUUUUUGUUUA